AUAUCCGGCGUAUUUCUCAUAUUCAUAAUAUCCUGUAUUUAAAGUGUUUAAAAUAAAGAUAUUCAAUACAAUUAGUUCAACAGUGUUUAUUUUUGAAGUUAAUUUAUGACAGUAUACGUAUAUCUAAAUAGCUUCAUAAAUAUAUGCAUCUACAUCGAUUAUCAGAUGUUUAUCAGUUAACUUUGCCCUCUUGCAUUGAAAGCAGUAUAUCACUAAACAAUCGCAUUAUCAGCGUUAUCUACACCACAAAAACAAUCAUAGAUCCGUUUCCUUGACCGUUUAUUUUACGAUAACUAGGUACUCAAUUGAUUUUAAUGUACUUUUAGAAAACAUGGCUAUAAUUGCCUAUAUGAAUCCUUUUAACGUGUUCCGCGACUUCAUUCGUCUUCCAAUCGAGGCUUUUGUUUCCGAACAGUACACAGGGUAUAAAAAAAAGACUAACGAAGGUCUAACUAGUGUGAAAGAAUUGUUGUACAGAGCUGCCAUAGUGUUGGUGUUUCUGUCUGCUAUAUUGUGGAUUUCUAUUUUUUUGUACGUGAUUUUCUAUUAUACAUAUAUGCCUAAUGUUACGCACGUGAGGCCUGUCCAUUUGCAGUUCAAAUCAUGCGAUGAAAAUAUGGGUGUAUGCUCAUUCCCAUCAGCGCACGUGCAACUAACAAAGAGUAGUCAAAUGCUGAUGUCUUCCCAGCCGUAUCGCAUCAAACUGAUACUGGAGGUACCAGAGUCACAGAUCAACAAAGACAUAGGCAUGUUUAUGGUUUGUGCCCAGAUGCGUGCGCCCGGUGGGGUGUUGGUCUCUUCAUCGUGUAGAUCUGCCAUGCUCAGGCACAGAUCAAAGUUGCAUCAAGUGAUACGCACGUUGUUCUACGCGCCGCUUUUAGUUUCGGGUUUCAAUGAAGAGAAGCAGUUUAUACAAGUUGAACUCUUCAGCGAUUUUGAAGAUGAUCAGGCCCGGCCGGUGACAGACGCGUACGUGGAACUUCAGUCGCGUUUCGUGCAAGUGUUCUCUUCGGAGCUGCACAUAGAAGCCCAUUUCACCGGCCUCCGAUACGCCAUGUACUACUGGCCCAAAAUAUCCGCGAUCAUUGGUAUUUGCUCGAACCUGUUUGUGGUUUCGCUAAUAUUUAUUUUGAGCUGGUAUCACUUACAAGAUGGAUUCCCAGAAUUUCUUAAGACAAAACUAGGUAUCGAGGUCAAAACGGAGAAGGGCGCGGACAGUACGAAAAUGAUAUCAAAAAUGAAGUUGGAACGAGAAGGUAGAUUCAUUCCCCUUCAUAGAAGAAGAAUCAUUAUUAGAAGAGUUUCAAAGAUUGGAGAAGAAAACUUAGGCUGUUUGCAAUCUAUAGUUAUAAUUAGAUAGUCUUGUAAAGCUGAAUUGUUAGUUUGUGUGUUUGAACGCGCAAAGCUCAGAAAAUACCAGUUCAAAAAUGUUGUGUCCGUUAGCCCGUUUAUCCGGGAAGGUUAUAUGCUGUAUAACACGAUGUGCAAUGGUUAUAUAAUAGUAGUAUUUUAUAUUUAUUUUUUAAUAGUACUUUAAACCUAAAGACAUAUUCUCAAAAGAAACAG